UAGAGAAGCAUCUCUAUAUAUAAUACAGCAGCUCGCUUGGCCGCCUCUCGUCCACUUCCCCCUUUACACCCCCAAACCCUAACCCUAAACUCUUUGUUUAGUGUCUUUGUUUUCUUUUACCAGUGAAGCUAGGGUUGGCUCGAUCGGUUCAUCUGCUCUGUGCAGAUCUCCAGGUUCAAGUGUGUCGAAGCAGAAGCUACUUUUAUGUCCGAACAAGCCAUUCUCUACUUGGGAUCAGUUGGGUUGCUUGGAGAAUAUUGUCCUUCAAGAAAAAAGAACCCACAUACUCCUGAUAGCAUUAACUGUAUGCAUCUCGGGUCAUUUCUGGAGCACUCAGGGUUUUGUGGUUGCAACAUAGCGCGACCUUUCAUUGUUACAACAGAUCAAUCCUUUCAUUCUCAGAAAUUCUCGAGUAACAUCUGCUCACUGAGAACCAGCUGUUUCUGUUUGUGACAUACAACUAUUUCAUUCUCAGAAUUUGUGCUGGAGAAAAAGAUGGCUUUACAAAACAUAGGUGCCAGCAACAGUGAUGAUGCUUUCUACAGGUAUAAAAUGCCCAAGAUGAUUACCAAGAUAGAAGGUCGUGGAAAUGGCAUCAAAACCAAUAUUGUCAACAUGGUUGAUAUUGCUAAGGCUUUGGCCAGGCCAGCUUCUUACACUACAAAAUAUUUUGGUUGUGAACUUGGAGCCCAGUCUAAGUUUGAUGAGAAAACUGGAACGUCCCUUGUCAAUGGAGCUCAUGACACUGCCAAACUUGCGGGUCUUCUGGAGAACUUCAUUAAGAAGUAUGUGCAGUGCUAUGGAUGUGGAAACCCUGAAACUGAGAUUCUGAUCACGAAGAAUCAGAUGAUACAACUGAAAUGUGCUGCUUGUGGUUUUGUAUCAGAUGUGGACAUGAGGGACAAACUUACUACUUUCAUUGUCAAGAACCCUCCUGAAGCAAAGAAGGGGUCCAAAGACAAGAAAGCUCUGAGGAGGGCUGAGAAGGAGCGGCUCAAGGAAGGUGAGGCUGCAGAUGAGGAGCUUAAAAAGCUCAAGAAGGACCCUAAGAAAAAGGGUUCAUCCAAGGAUGGACCAGCGAAAGUUGGCUCUACCAGAAAGAAAGCUGGCAGUUCUGACGAGGAACGCAAAUCACCACCUAGAGGCCUGGUUGAUGAAAAGAUAGAGGAUGAUGAAGAUGAUGAUGAUAUCGAGUGGCAAACUGACACUUCUUUGGAAGCUGCCCGCCAGCGCAUUCAAGAGCAAUUGACUUCUGUUACAGCGGACAUGGUUAUGCUUUCUACUGAUGAGAAAGAGAAAAAGGCCAAGGCAACUGAUAAGGCACGUGACAAUUCUAAGGUUGCUUCACCCACUGUGGAGAACUCUGUGGCUGAGAAUGGGAAAACAAGUCAGAAAAAACUUGUUGAGGAGGUUAGAGAAAAUCUUAAGAAGGGUAUUAGUGCGAACAAGUUACAAUCCUUUUUAGGCUCACUUCCUGGCUCUGCUCAAGAAGUGAUGAAUGCCCUGUAUGAGGCACUACUGGAUGGUGUUGAAAAAGGCUUUGCAAAUGUGAUUAGCAAGAAGAAGAGCUAUCUUGCUGCUGCUGUUGCUCAGGGUGAGGACUCACAGUUGUUUUUGCUUCGAGCUAUUGAAGAAUUUUGUGGGAAGCCAAACCCAACCGCAGUGAAGGAAGUGGCCCUUGUUUUGAAAGCUCUGUAUGAUGCAGAUUUGUUGGAAGAAGAAAACAUUGUGCAGUGGUACGAGGAAGGAGUGGCUGGAAGCAACAAGGAUUCUUCUAUCUGGAAGAAUGCGAAGCCCUUUGUUGAUUGGCUCCAAAACGCGGAGUCAGAAAGCGAGGAGGACUAAGUUUGUUGGGUUUGCUAGACAUUUCUCAUGCCUUCUGUUUCUAGGAAAGGAUUAUUCUGCCUUUUGAUUCAUCCAAGACUCUUGGCAUUACAAUCAGACCGAUAUGACCUAAUCUGUGUAAACUACUUUACUAUGUUGGUCAUGCGGUGAUUGGUCUGUUUUCUCGGUUUUCCUUCUUUAUUCAGGCCUUGUUAUUUUGGUUCGACUGUUCUGUUUUGUGCCUUUGUCCUUUCCAUUGUUGAGUUUCAAACUUAAUGGGAAUAAUCAUGUUUCUUAUGUUUUCAGUUUUCUCAUUUUAUU